CUGUGGAUGUUCUUCGCAUUGCCGAUUGCCCUAAUUGGAACGGCCCUCGUAUUCCUCAUCGUCGUUCCGUUCUUCUUCUCUUGAAAAACUCCAAACCUCGGGAAAGAAAGCAGCAACUACGCCAUAGCUGCAAUUCGUCGCAACUACAUGGCACUCGGACCCAUCAAGUUUCACGAAGUUGCAGUCCUGCUCCUGUUCAUAUUGCUGGUGUUUCUCUGGCUUUUCCGGGACCCCAUGUUCGCCAAAGGGUGGGCGACAUACUUCGGAGUCAUAAAGCCUAAGGACGCCACAGCAGUGAUGAUACCAGUGAUUCUGCUGUUCAUGAUUCCUUCGAAGCCUCAGAAGGGCUUCAGAGGCCCCGUCCUGUUGACAUGGAAAAUGGUGCAAGCUAAGCUGCAAUGGAGCGUCAUCCUUCUCAUUGGCAGCGGCUUCGCCAUCGCUGAAGCCAUGCGUGUGUCGGGCUUGUCGGAGCAACUGGGGCAGAAACUGGCCGAACUGGGCCACUUGUCACCCGGUCCACUCAUGAUUUGCCUGAGCAUCAUCUGCUCCUUCAUGUCCGAGCUCAUCAGCAACUGCGGAACAUGCACCGUCCUUCUACCAGUUUUUGCUGUGCUGGCAGAGGACCUGAACCUGAACCCCCUGCUGUUCAUGAUACCAACGACGAUCGCCAGCAACUACGCCUUCCUGUUGCCCGUGGGGACGCCGGCGAACGCCAUGGUUUACGAGCACGGCCGGCUCACAAUAAUGGAAAUGGUUGUUCCUGGAUUUCUGGCAAAAAUCAUCACCAUGGUUGUGACAGUGGUGGUAACAUACGUUCUGGGCGACCCAAUCUUCGGCAUGUUUCAAGAAGCUGACUGGGUGUCGGCUGUCACCACAGGAAACGUCAGCACUACUGUCGUUCCUGGGCAAACUUAGAUUUUUUUUUCUUGUGGGACCGGGAAGGUCUAUGCCUGAAUGUACAAAAAAGGAGGUAGCACAUGUGUUUGCUGGUAUGCCAAUCUGAUUACUUCCAUCUGACCAUGUAGUGUACACAAAAUCGGGCGAGCCACCACGACGCCAAAUUAUUGACUGACGGCAAUGCGAAUAAUGUGAAUGAAACAAGAUAUCUCGAUUCGUGAAAAUUCUCCCGAACGUGGUUCUUUAUAAUGUCGAGGGUGCGACAAUGUUCCGCAUAGUCUCAUACACCUCUGUGAAUCAUUUAGUUGGUACCAUUAAUUUG